AUGCAGGUCAGCGUCUGUGGACACUGUUCCGCGUUCUGGCAAAGAUGUGUUGAUAACAUGGAAGAGUUUGAGCCAGUUCAGAAACUUUAUAUCAUGAGUCAUCAGAAUCACAAGUAUGAUAAGAUCAAAUCAUAUCUUCUGGAAAUCAAGAAGAUUUUCAUCGUUUCACAUCGAACCCUACUUCUACGAUAUUUGGGCGAAAUCUAUAGAAUAGCGUUUCUUGUUGGUUACCCGCAGCGAUUAGCAAAUGAGGAUCUCGUCUGGAAACCAUUCGCAACGAUCAACACUGAUCCGAACGAUUAUUUUACUUCGAUUACAAGACUUUUGAAGCAGCAAUCUAUCAAUCAAUUGUCACGAAUUGGGACAUAUCUGGAUUCUGACGAUACCAUCGAAUACGAUGUGCUUCGACCCACUAUCCACUACAAUGCUCACCUCUCGACUAUGGUUAUUCCCAUCACAUUUCUCCAAGCUCCCAUAUCCUAUCCUGGUGGAGGUGCGCCAAUGUAUUCUGUAUAUGGUAGCCUCGGAAUAGCAGUUAACCAUUUUAUUGCAAAGGAUUUCUCCACCCAGUUAGAGGUAGCCUGCCUCUCCAGGGUCGACUAUCCGUUGAGAAUUUCUCAACAGGGAGUCGUAAAAAAAUGA